AUGUCAAAUAAAGAAAUAAAAAAUUCUAAACGUAAAUUAGAAUCUGAUGAUAAUAAUAAUGAUGAUGAUGAAAUAUGGUCGAAAUUAUCACGUGAACAAAUUAUUCAACGUUGUAAACAACUUGAAAAACAUGUUGAACAAUUGAGAAAUACGAUUAUAAAAAAAACAGAAAAUCAAUCAAAUGAGAAAAAAAUAAAAAAAAAUAAAACAAUGAGACCAUUUGAUUUUAGUAAACAUUCUAAACGACAUAUAUUUCUAAAAUUUAUUUAUCUUGGUUGGGAAUAUCAUGGUUUUGUAGUUCAAGAGACAACAUCACAGACAGUGGAAGAUUUUUUAUUUGAAGCUCUCAUUAAAACUCGAUUGAUUGAAGAACGAGCAACAGCUAAUUAUCAUCGAUGUGUAAGUGCAUUUACACAAGUGAUUUCAUUAACUGUUCGUUCGAAAGUUACUGUAGAAUGUACGGAAGAACUCAAUUAUGUACAAAUGUUAAAUGGUGUUUUACCUAGUUCAAUUCGAUGUAUAGCAUGGGCACCAGUACCCGAUGGAAAAUCUGCUCGAUUUGAUUGUAUAUCACGAUCAUAUCGAUACUAUUUUCCAAAAGCAAAUCUCGAUCUUGAUCGAAUACGCCAAGCAUCAACUCAUCUCAUUGGUACACAUGAUUUUCGAAAUUUUUGUAAACUAGAUAUUACCAAUACCGAGCCGACAUUUAUUCGACGUAUUGAUAAUGUAACUGUUGAACAAUUAAAUAUAAAUAACGAUUUAAAUAAUUAUAAUUCUGGUUAUGAAAUGUGUGAAUUAAUGGUACAUGGUUCAGGAUUUUUAUGGCAUCAAAUUCGUUGUAUUGUUGCUAUUUUAAUAUUAAUUGGUGAAGGAAAAGAAGAAAUUGAUUUAGUUAAAGCCUUACUUGAUAUUGAUAAAUAUCCAUGUACACCGAAUUAUCAAAUAGCUUCAGGUGAGACGAUUUGUUUUUCGAAAAAAAUUAUUUCGAAUGAUUUAAUAUGUUUUUUUUUCUUAGAAUUACCUCUGAUUCUAUUUGAUUGUCAAUUUAAUGGGGUUGAUUGGAUCUGUGAUCAAGCCUGUCUUCGUAUAACUAUUUGUCAUUUACAACGACAUUGGUCUUCAUUUCAAAUUCGUGCUACUAUGGUUAAAUCUAUGUUAAAUAAUUUAGAAAGUCAAAUUUGUGACAAAAAACAAUUGCCAAUUUUAGGUCAAUUAUCACUGAUUGAAAAUGAAAAUAAUUCAUUAUUAGGAUAUAAUAAUAAUCGAAGAAAUUAUCAACCAAUUUUAACACGUCCAGUAAGAGAAAGUGUUGAAGUUAAAAUUGAAAAAUAUCAAAAUAAAAAAGUUAAAUCAGAAAUAACCAAUGAAGAUUAUAAAAAUGAAACAAAUAAAUCAGAUGAUGUGGUUGUUUAA